AUGUCGCAUUCUCGACGUGCAGGUUCAUUGUCCAGAGAUGUGGCUCAAACAGAUGACCGUGCGAGUGACGGAUUUACAACCAACCGAAAUCCUAGCCGCCGGCCACCUAAUCGACCUCGGCCCCAGUCAUGGCAUCCAUAUGGACCUGUGGAACCACCAUUGGAAUCCAUCUCAUCGCGACCCAUUGGUGUUCAUGCCAUCUUGAAUCAUCCACAGGCAACGGCUGAUCUGACCACACCUAACAGCCGUGAGCCAUUGAGCCUACCGGGUCCAUCUUCCCCACCUCGCCCCCAAGGGACUUCGCCUACAAUCCGCUCAGGAUAUCCGUUGGUAUCACAGCCAUUAUCUCCUAGGUCUCAUUCACGGCCUUCGAUGAAUCCAGCGUCGCCAUCGGCACGGUUUGUUGGUGGGGGCGGCAGGACGUCCGGUCAGUCAAGUGUCGCACAGUCACCGCUAGUUCCUCACGAACCUUUGAUGGGCCCACGCCUGCCCGUUACUAGUUCGCCUCUGCCGCUAGAGACGGGUCUACGCCCAAUAGCAUCUCUCACUGGUACUCAGCCUUCUACGCUGACUUCAUUGCAUUCUCGGCGAACCAGUGCCGGCCAAGGGCCUCGCACCAACCCGAAUUCCCAAGAAACAAGCCCUAGCACAUCUCAUUCAACUUUCAGUCCCUUUGGCCGGGCAUCUCCAGCAGUGACCAGUGUCUCCCUCCCACAAAGUACCGCAUCAUAUCCCAAUGCGCCUCCAUAUAUGUCAAUGGACCCUCUGACCCGAUCAGUACCUACAACAAAAGGCCCUAGACGCCAACCUGAACAGCCUCCCACUCGAGCCGGAACACCACAAACCAGCCCUCUCCCGCUGGGAAUGAUACCAUGCGUACUAGACAUGCGAUCCGGGUCUUCCAGCCAAGCAGAAAAGCGCAAAGCCAACAGCGACGCAUCACGGCGGUUCCGCAAUCGCAAGCGCAACGAAAUGCAACUUGAGCAGCGGCUUACCGCACAACAGGACGAGAUCCAGCGCAAUGUAGAGACAGUCCGCCGCCAGAGCGAGGAGCUUCGCUCCCUCAUCCAGCAACGAGACCACUACCGCUCCGAACGGGACUUCUACCGCGACCAUAUCGGCCGCACAAUGUCUCUGAGUGCCUUACCUCCGAGACCACCUUCGCCACGCUCCACCCAACCGACCCUCCUGCCUGCAUCCGAACCGGGCACCACGACAACUUGGUCGGGCGCUGAUGCUGCCCGAUCCGCUUCAGGCACACAGCCAAUUUCGGCGGGUCCGCCUUCACAGGGAAGAAUGCUCGACUCAGUUCCGUCUCAGCCUGGUUGGCCCGCAAGUCCUCCAUAUUCUUCAACCCCCAUUGUACCAACCGGGCGGGCGGUUGCUGGCCCACCUGCUGGGUCACCGUCUGUAUCUGGGGGCCCACUACCUCCACUUCAAGGAUCGUGGCCACGUCCUUGA